UUCCGAUCUUUGUGCCCGUCCACCGCGGAUAUCGCAGCUCAGCUCCGGGUCUGGUCGCCGCAGCUCCGGGUCUGGUCGCCGCAGCUCCGGGUCUGGUCGCCGCAGCUCCGGGUCUGGUCGCCGCAGCUCCGGGUCUGGUCGCCGCAGCUCCGGCAGCGACGAUGCAAGUUUGGGGAGAGCAGCCUAAGUGGGCAGCACCAAGGAGACAGGAGAGACAUAUUUGGGAUUCGGUGAAGAAAGCUACCUUUAUCCUGGGCUCUGGACUCUUUGUGUUUGCAGCCUUUCGUAACUCGGUGACAUGGCACUUGCAGCAAUUCUGGGGGGCAUCUGGGGACUUCUGGCAGUCGCAGUGGGGAAAGGCCUACAGCUUCGUCCAAGGCAAUGAAUGGCUUCUCUUCAUCUUUGGUGCGAUGGUGAUACCGACCCUGGCCUUCUGGCUGGUGAACGGGCUGUUGCUGAUAGUGGACGUGACGGGGAAGCCGCAGCUCAUCACUCGCUACAAGAUCCAAGCCGGCCACAACCAGCCGGUGGACACUGCCAAGCUGCUGGGUGCCGUGCGGACGGUGAUGCUGAACCAGCUGCUGCUGUCGCUGCCCAUGGUGCUGCUGAUGUUCCCGGUGAUGCGGUGGAGGGGGAGCCCCUGUGGCCCCGAGCUGCCCACCUUCCACUGGGUGCUGUUCGAGCUCUGCUGCCUCGGCCUGCUGGAGGAGGUGUUCUUCUACUACUCCCACAGGUUGUUCCAUCAUCCGACACUUUACCGACACUUUCACAAGAAGCACCAUGAAUGGACAGCUCCCAUCGGAAUCAUCUCCCUCUACGCCCAUCCCAUCGAACAUGUGUUCUCCAACAUGCUGCCGACCAUGGUGGGGCCGAUCCUGCUGAGAUCACAUGUGGCAACAGUGAUGCUGUGGUUUUCGUUGGCACUGUUAAUAUCCACCAUUUCCCACUGUGGGUAUCACCUCCCACUGCUGCCAUCUCCAGAAUUCCACGAUUUCCAUCACCUCCGGUUUAACCAGUGUUUCGGGGUGCUGGGAGUCUUGGAUCGCUUGCACCAGACCGACACAGCAUUCAGAGCGAGCAGCGCCUAUGAGCGCCACACUCUGCUGCUUGGCCUUGACCCCCUGUCUGAAACUAUUCCCGAUUCCCCCAAGAGAAAAUGAAACCAGCACUAACCCACGCGGCUCUGGAACACCACCUUUUUCUUUAUUAAUAUUUCUUUGUGGUUUGAUUAGAUAGCGAUUGCCCAUUUCUGAUUCUCCCAGCUGUCGGAUCCAGAGCCACACAGAGAAUGUUGUUUAAAUAUCUAUGCGUAUACUAUUGCAGAUUUAAUUUCUAGAGGAUUAAUGUAGUCCCUAUGGCACAUUAGUUCCUGAUCUCUUGUUUGUUGUGGGAAUUGAUGAAUUUUGUACAGCUCAUUCAGUCCCAUGGUCAGUGGCCAACCCUGACAUUGGCAGGAACAGAGGCAUUCACACAGUGUCACUGGUGGUCACCAGUAACUGAUGGCAAAGGGGGAGAAGUCAGAUUAUUGAGGUGGUUCUGGGUGAAAUUUUAGCAUAGAGUAUUGUAGAAAAAUACAGAAACAAACAAUCUGCUGGAAAACUCAGCGGGUCAAGCAGCAUCUACGGAGAGAAUCGAAUAAUCGACAUUUCACAUCAAAAAUCCAUCAGAACACAGGAGAGACAGCCAGGAUAGACAGGUGAGACAUGGGCCCUGUACUGAGGAGAGGUGAAGGAUGGGCAGGGUUGGUGAAUGUGGAGAUGGAGGCGACAGGAUGCUAAAACAGGAGACGAGAUGACACCAAAGCUGCCUGCGCUGGUACAUGAUAAUGGGAAUCUUUAGGAGAGAGGCGAAAGGUAACUGGAGGGAUGAGAAACGGAGCACUUUAGCACUCUUCAAAAGGAUCGACAGGACUUGGAACUUGACCUGUUUGUGACCACAGGUGAAAUGAAUGUGUCUGAGAUACAAUGACUUCAAUCUGAUAAAGGCUGACCUGGGUACCACUGCUUCUGCUGUUAUCAAUCAGUUCCUUCUAAUAUAUUCUCAUAUGCACAAAUAAAACCAAUUAUUCAUAACCAUAA